CAAAGCACACUGUACCAAAGAGGGAAUUUUAGCUUUACUCUGUGAACUCCUAACAUUACAAUACAAGAGAUAUGAUUGGUUCUUUGCUGUUGGGAGGGUGCAAAAGGGAUGUGACAAAGAUAGUCAAAUCUGACUCAGAGCAAAUUCAACAAUUGAUAUCUGUGUGUCACAGUCACAGAGUAAUUUACCUCUCAAAGCCGAUGUCCUACAACACACAGGGUACAGCGUAGGCCCUUAGGGCAGAGCAUAUGGAGACUAACAGCAGAGAACGACUGAAGGCAGACUUUGAUGCAUUUGAUAUUUCUGAGGAGCUUGGAUUUCUCCUUGAAGAGCCACUGACUAACCUUCCAGACUAUUAUCGGGUGUGGUUGGACCUGGCAAAUGAUCUCACAGAUCUGAUAGAGUCACAUAAACUACGGGAUCUAGUUCACAAGAUGCCGGUCUUGAGUCCCGAUUUCUUGAGUGACCAUCGAGAGCUAAGGCUGGCUCACCUAGCGCUGGGAUUCAUCAGCAUGGGAUAUGUAUGGCAGGAAGGACAACAUGUGCCUGCUCAGAUUCUUCCAAAAGCCCUCGCCUUGCCAUAUUGGCUGGUAUCUCGUAGACUCGGCCUUCCACCCAUCCUGACUUAUGCAGAUUCAGUUUUAGCCAACUGGAAAUUAAAGAAUCCCACAGGGGAUAUGGAAAUUGGGAACAUGGACUUGAUAUUUUCAUUUCCUGGUGGUGAGAGUUGCAGGGGAUUUUUCAUAGUUUCAUUGUUGGUCGAGAUGGCUGCCAGUUCAGGCAUAACGGGGGCUCUGGAGGUGAUGCAUGCUAUGAAAACCUUGGAACUCAGUGGCAUACAGAAAGGUCUUGUUAAAGUAACUCAGUCUUUGAAGAAAAUGAAGGAGACGUUCAAACUCAUGCACAAUCAUGUGGAUCCAACUGCCUUUCAUGGAACAUUGAGAAUUUUUGUCUCAGGGUGGCGAGACAACCCCAUGCUUCCAAGGGGGCUGUUGUAUGAAGGUGUGAGCAAUGAGCCAAUUUUGUUAUCAGGCGGAAGUGCAGCCCAGAGUUCAACCAUUCAGUGCUUUGAUGCUUUACUGUGCAUCCAGCAUGAGGAUGAGACAAGAUCCUUCCUGACACGCAUGAGGGAAUACAUGCCUCCUGCCCACCGUCAGCUGAUAGAAACUCUGUCCGUCUGUCCUUCUCUGAGAGACUUCAUCCUGUCCCACUCCAGCUCUGAUCUCUGCCAGGCCUACAAGUCCUGUGUCUCAGCGCUUGUGGAUUUACGGAACUACCACCUCAAUACUGUGGCCAAGUAUGUCAUUGUGCCUGGUAAUCACGCCCGUGCCAUGGGGUGCCCGCUGAGAGGUGUGGGCACCGUACUGAAUGACACAGGAACAGGCGGAUCCAGUCUUAUGGUCUUCCUCAAGAGUGUUCGUAACACCACUCAAAAAGCACUAAUUUUAGAAAGGCCAUCUACUUCAAAAGAAACUGAAAUGUGAUAUAUAUAUAUAUAUGCAGUGUAUGUAUACAUCACAACAUAUAUAUAAUAUUUACAAUAUCCGACAGCUUUUUAUGCACUAGGCUAUUCAUGUUGUUCAAACCCAAUUCCAAAAAAGUUGGGACACUGUACAAAUUGGGAUUAAAAACAGAAAGCUAUGAUGUGGAAGUUUCAAAUUUCACUAUUUUAUUUAGAAUACAACA